UCAUUACUUUAAAUUAUUGGAAACAAUGUUUGGCACGUAAAGGAUAGUAAAAUAUUAUGUCAAGACAGCCAACAUCGCAGUCACAGAGGGGAGGACAGAGAAGUAAUGUUCCCUCUAGAGCACAGUCCCAGGGCAGGGGGGCCAUAGACAGGAGAACUUAUAUUCCCCCAGAUGGGUAUGAUACAGAAGCCAUGAAACAGUUCAGAGCUUACCUCAAAGAGACUGGAGUAGAGGAGACAUUUAGAAAGCUGGUCAAGAUGUUGCUAAAUCGACCCACUCUACCUUACAAUCCCUAUCCAGGGUUUGUCCUGAGAUUCAGGCAGUUUGCAGAAAAAUUUCAUAUGGAACAAGAAUCAAUUGGAAAAAUACAGCAAACAUUAAGAAAUGCUCUACAGGAGACUUACCUCCCUAAUUUAUUCUGUGUGCGGGGACAUGACACCGUGUGGGGAUUGUCCAGUAUCCUGCGGGCUGUUGACCCGUCCUCCCUGGAGAAAUAUAAAUGGCUGAUGGAGGACCUCACACCUCACCCAGAGGACAUCAUGUCAACACAGGACUAUUCUAAUCAAGUGAUGCUAGCCUUAGUUGGUCCAGCAGUGUUUGAUGGAACUUUUUAUCCCUGUGUUCACAGUGUUCAAAUCCGAAUGGAACAUCUAAUCACAGGCCCUGAUGUCAAGGAGGGUGUGGCAGUAUUUGUAAACAGUGUGAUGGCCAACAUUGAUGCCAUGUACUCCAAUCCUAGACAUCUUCUCAUGGGUGUGAAUAUACCUGAUAUUGAUGAGGAGUAUCCAGACAUAACAGUGUAUGAUCUGUGGGAUCCAGACAAAAUCCAAGAAGAGAAGGAGGAGUUCCUGCAGGUUUUAAGUGACACUGUUAUUGGUAAUAAGUAUAUAUGUAUGGAGUGUAUAUUACGAGCUGAUCCAUAUUAUCCUAAGUACAUUAGAGGGCAGAUACAGUUUGGACUCAACUUCAUUGAAAUUAGCAAAGAUAACAUCGAAGAAGGGAUUGUAAGUUUCUGCGAGUUUCCAAUGGCCUGUUUACAUGAAGGCGUGUUUCUGAACAGAUCCCAUGCAGAACAGUAUAUAUCUAUAUUUUCUCCACAAGUUGACCCAUUUCAGAAUGAUGGACCAAGAUCAGCAAUGGGACAGCCUGAUAGGCCAGAUAAACUGGAGAUAGGAGGUCCCAGGAGUUACAGUCGACAGAGUAGGAACCGACUACCCACACGAGCCCAGGACCAGGACAUCAGAACGAUCAAACGACACGUGUACGACAGGACCACUCAUAUUAUGCCCAGGAAAGUCAGAAUUGAUGGAUUCCGAAUCGGAGACGAGAACUCAUAUGGCCCAUAUGCAUGGCAGAUUACAACCCCAAUCAAAUCCCAUUUCCAGAAGAGGGAAGCGGGACACCACAUGCAUGCUGAACUGUGUGAUGCUAUUUACUGUACCAUUAUACUACUGCUGUUAGACAGAGAUUCCUAUGCUCAGGAGCUUCCAUUUGAGUUAUACCGACUUUUGCACAGUACUGUAGGACAAAUGUACUUACUGAUGGAACAGAACAAAUCUGUCAGAUACAUGGUGAAAGGCUUCUCCAAUACAAAUCAGCUGGAUGUAAUAAGGGAAAACAUGGCAUUGUACAGAGAAGCAGUGAUUCAUUUGUUCCAAAGCACACUAAAUGACAGAAGUCUGGAGCAGAAGACAGCAGGGAAGGUCAUUGUGGCACAGGUGGAAGAUUUCCUGCCACGGGAGGGGUUUACAUUCGAAUCUGUUCUUGAUGUCCAACUAGCUCUGAAGACUUUAAAAGAUAUUAACUGGUACUGUCUGACACUGUUAAUACAACUUGCUGAGGACUCUCUCAGUCAGACUCCAAUACUCAAGGAGAUUAUGAUUGCAAUGAAAAACACAUUCCCCAAAGUCAUUCCACAACCCCUGACCCGGCACAGAGAGAGACGUGACCCAACGGGUGUUGAAAUGGAUCCAAAUGUUUCACAUGGGUUGGAGCAUGAACAUAUGAAAGAUCUUCUUCAUGAAAAGCUCAUUGUAAAUGUUGAUGAAUGCAUUGAAAAUGGAGAACACAGCAAAGCAAUUGCAAAGGAAGCUGUCCUCAUUCAGUAUAUGCUGGACACUCACUUGGAUGACGUGUGGAAAGAGUAUUUAUUGGAGCUUGCCAGAGCCCAGUAUUACCCACCCAAUCCAUACCCCAGAUUUGUCUCCCUUCUACGACAACAGGCAAUGAAGAUGGACCUAUUUUUUGAGAAACCAGAACAGAUAGAAAACUUGUUACUUGCUACACAAAUGGAGAUAUCUGACCCAGAGAACUAUAUCUACUCAGUCAAUGGAGUUGAUGCCUAUGGAACCACCAGUGCUCUCCGAGUACUAGACACUGUUGCUUUUCUUCCACUGGGACAGAUUAUUCAGCUGUUUGUCCAGCAAAACUACAUACAGAGAAAAGGAGCUUACAGGGCUGGAAUCUGCCUGGCUUUGAGUGGUCCUAGUAUCUUAUAUGGCAAGAUGCAGCCAUUUUUGAAUGAAGUGGAACUACAUGAACACUACUAUAUACAAGGUCCACCAGGCUGUUCAGGGGACGCUAUCCAACUUUUUGCUCUGAUGGUUUAUAACCACAUAAAUGACAUGGUAAUGAAGAACACGAUACCUGUGGUGGGCGUGUUUUUUGGGGAGGAGAAGUGGUCUUGGGAGGAAGUCCUAGUUCGGAAGCAAGCUUUCAUGGACAUGCUGGUUGGUGCCACCACCAGGAGUGAACCUGUCUUCUUAAAGGCCUUCAUUUUGAUGGAUAACUGGAGAUAUACUCCUGUCAGAAAGUACUUUCUUCUUCACUUCAUCACAGAUGAUGAACUAGAUGGUGAGAUCUUCUAUCCAGAUAACCCUGUAGCCUUCUAUCAGAGUGUCUUCCUCUCCAGAGACAGGGCAGCAUUCCAUUACCAAAAUGGUGGACCUUCCAAUGGAGGGGAUCCUAUGAACACAACUAAUAUCAGGAAUGCCCAGCAGUUUCUGGAUAAGAUGAUCUCUGUAUCUAAGGACCGCUGUGAUUGGAUGACUGUCCACAGAGGGCUGCUGCUCAAAAGCUUGAUGAAUCAGGAUCGGGUCCACCUCGUGGAGUCCUGGAGGAUGUUACACAGCAUGGCUGGCCAGGUGGAGUACCUUAUUUCUAUGAUUGAUGCCCUACAGGAUCUUCUGGUUAUCACUAUGGAGGCACACGAGUACAUAAGUAAAAAUCGUAGCAGGGAUGCUACAGCAAACAGCCAGGGACAGAGUCGGGGGAAGAGACGCACGCCUAGCAAACCUCUGCCUUAUGGGGUGAUUCCAGACUUUGAGUGUACAGUCGAUGAAGCAAUCUUUGGAAGAAUGACAAUGGUUUUCCAUAAGAAGUUGGUGGAGGUCACUCAGGCUAGAAUCUUCAUGACUGGAACCCCCUUAACAGAGUUCCUGAAAGCUAAACUAAAAACAUGCAUUGAGGAGGACCCAAGACUGGACAACUUCUACUUUGCAUUCAACACAGAGACUCUUUUCCGACUGGAAGAAGUAAAACAUAUGAUGCGGUUUGUGCAAGACAGUCUGGCGGCAGACGUUCACCAUAUUUCUCCUAAUGCCAUGUCAGUCGUUGAAAAUCUUGCCCCUGAUGAAAUUCUUCAGGGAAGACCAAGUUCUGUUGUGUCAUACAUGCUCAAUGACCCAUAUCUGUACCGUCCAAGACCCCAGGCUCAAAUGAUGCAAACCAUACUGGAGUGAAUUUUACAGUACCCCUACCAACAGUUCAGAGAUUUCAUCGUGAUAAAUUUCUGUAGACUUGACUUUCUGUCCAGGGAUAUUUGAAAUGAUUGGAAACCUUGACAUAGGUUGUCAUUAUUUGUUACCAGGAUUACCUGCUCCUCCGUUUUAAUUGGUGUGGAGAGGUUAUUUACAAGAAUAUAUGAUUAAAAACAGAGCCUCUUAGAUGGAUCAAAAUUGUUUCAAACAAGCGCUUGGCAUAUGUCACGCUUAAUUUUUACAAAGAUCUACUAUUACAACUGCUCUUGUGAGAAUAAACCUUCCCAGGUGGACCUAAACUAGUUCUGAAAAGGUACUCUUCUACAACAUGUAAAUAAAAGCUUGUUGAAGUAAA